CAGGUUAGGGGGCCUGCGUGGAUCUUUGGUGACCUGGAGGUGCGAUCAAGUACGGGGCACCGCGCCGCCGGGAUCCAUCAGUGACCUCAUGACGAAGCCUUCCGAAGGCACCGGACAGUUGCAACUUGCCGCGGUCCGUCAGCCUGACGAUGCAUCGAUAGGAACCUUGAUUAGUCGGCGACGAGUUCUCUCCUAAAGAAGACAAAUAAAUAAGACGCUCCCUUGCCGGAAUCAUCUUCACAAGGUUUUCGUCUCAAGGCAUCAACGAAUACGACGACCCAAUCCCUCGGGCUUCUCCCUCCCUGCCCUCAACAAUUCCACUCUUUUGGGUACCGUCUCAUUACGGAACUGCCAUCUCAUCCCUUCUUUUACAGCAAAAUUACUCCAAAACCACGACAUUGGAACAUCCGGCAUCAUUGUCAAAAAUCGAGGCAAAAUAAGAUGGCCAAACAUCAGCUACAGCGGCUGCAGUCGCCUUCCCGAUCAGCGUCCCUGUUGCUACACGUUACCGGCAUCGUUUCGUUCAUCGCAUCCUUCAACUUCCUGAAUGGACUCACCCACGACAUCUCUAUGGGCUUUGGAGGAAACUACCAGCAUCUCACCAACAUCGGACUCAUUCUAUCGUUUGUGACGUUCGUGACGGGACUGUUGGCUGAUCUCACCCUCAGCCCUUCGUUGUUUGCUGUGAAGAAUGCCCUGGCGACCACGGCAGCACCGCUCGAGGUGCUCAUCAGCAUCUUGUACUGGGGAAUCCGCUCCAUCGACAAGCGUUUGCUGAUUCCCGAGGGUUUCGAGCUUCACUGGCUACCGGAUGUUGGAUUCCAUCUGGUCCCUGCUGUCGUCCUGUCUCUGGACCUCGUCCUAUUCAGCCCGCCAUGGACGAUUCGUGCGUACUCGGCCAUGGCGAUUAGUAUGAUCUUUGCCUUCCUGUACUGGGGCUGGGUUGAGCUGUGCUUCAGCAGGAACGGAUGGUACCCUUACCCUAUUUUCGAUGUUCUCAACACCGUACAACGUGUGGGAUUGUUCACUUUCUCGGCUGCGCUUAUGACUGCGAGCACAAGUCUCUUGAAGUGGGUGUAUGGCCGAUUCAAUGGCUAUGGGAAGAUGGAAAAAGAGGCUUACAGGCCCCUGAAAAAGACGAUCUAAGCUUUGAUGUAUAGGUGCUGUAUUGUAAGACUGGUACCAAGGGUUCGAGGGGUUCAAAGCGACAUCGGUGGUGUUUAGAGCAGAUUU